AUGGAUGGACGUCGCGGCAGAGCCAAUGAGGGCUACUCGGUGCCGCGGCUCUUGGGGCACCUGGUGAAGCUGCGCGCGUGCGAGCUCACGCUGGACGAAGGCGGGGCCUCGUGCUGCCUCGUGGUGCACGGCUUUGCCACCAUCAACUCUGAUCAGUGCCCGCCACGUCCGAGCCACGCCCCAGAAGAGAGCACGCAGGACAUGUUGAUCCACAUGGCCGAGGCCUCUUGUCCGGAGCUGGACGAGCGAGAGUGCGUGAUCUCUGCGUCCCAGGAGGCCAUCUUCGAGCAGCUGCUUGGAGAAAGUGAGGUGCCUUGGCCCGCCGCGAGCAUGGAGUCACAGGCUCACGUAGAGGAUGACCUGCUCUCCUUCCCCCCGAGCCAGCGAGGCCCGCCCCUCUCCGAAGAGGCAUCAGAGUCACAGGACUUUUACGCGAGCCAGCCGCCACUCGAGUGGAAGCUCCUGUUCGACGACGACGAUGACGACGACAACAACGCGGAGAGCGAAGAGGAUUCCACAAACCACAGCUACGGCUCUGGCUGCGCCCACGCUGCAGACAACGAUCAGGGGCUAGAUUUCGAGGUAAAGCCGGCCGCGGGGGAAGAGGCCGGCGCCAGGCAGCGACACGAACCUCGGAAGGCAAAUGAACACAGCAGCAGUCCUGGGACGGAGACAGCUACCUGUCUCCGUGAGCACCGGCCCGACCACCUGCUCCCGGGCCACAUUGCGCGUGACCCCUCUCCAGCCGUAGAGGAGGCGGACGAAGCGAGGAGUGGAGGCGAUGUAGCGGUCGCUGUCGCUGCCACGACGAUGGACAUGUUCCCUCCGAUGGACCCGCUCGAGGGCUGGUGGGCGGCCUCGCCCACACCGCGCCCCACGCCCUCGCCCAAGACCCUCUCGCCUCCACUGUACUACCGCACUCAGGCGUUCGCCUACAGUGAUUCCCUGGCGGCCGCCACUCCGCGGUCGCCGGCGUGGCCGACCGCUUCGUCCACCCACUCCGGGCCGCCCUCGCCCUUUUCGCUGUUCCCCUCCUCUUCGCAGACUCCCGACCUCCUCCUGGGUGCGCAGCUCCUGCACGAGGAGGACCUCCUGCCUCGUUCUCCGCCCUACAGCCCCAUCCCGCUGGACACGCCGCGCCGGCCGGAGGGAGCCCGCGCGCCCGACGAUGCGCACGGCGUGUCGCGCCCGAGCACGACCCCCGACGCCGUGCACGAGGAGACCCGGCACGCACCAAAGAAGCGGAGGCUCACGACGACACAAGCAACACCGCCAACCCCGCCGCCGCCAGCAGCAGCGACAACAACGACGACAACAACGAGCACUCUCGCGGAGGACCAUAGGGACGAGGCGGCGGUCGUGGAGCUGCGAAGGCGACACCGAGAAGGCAUCACGGAGACCACGACGACCAUCACAAUCACGGCGGUCGACUCAGCCUCGGCCGAACCGCCGCCGCGGCCGCCCCCCCACACCGCAACCCUCAGUGCAGAGUCUGGCCAGAGGACGCCCGCGCCGACCACGACCGCCACCGCGUCGCCGUCACACCAGCAGAUCUUGCGACCAAAGCACCGGCCACCGAAGCAGGCAGCUGCCACGAGUCGCUAUUCGCCGCCCUCCAGGGACGCCAUCUGGGAGUUGGUGGACACCUACUUCUCCUCCACGUGA